AUGUGUAUUAUACAGCGUGGUAUGGCCUUCCCUGCUGGUCAGAAGGAGCUUCUCAACAGACCCCUCAAGGAACAGGAUCCCGAAAUGUUUGAUAUUAUUGAGCGCGAGAAGAAGAGGCAGCGCGAGUCCAUCGUCUUGAUUGCCUCUGAGAACUUCACAUCCCGCUCUGUCAUGGGUGCCUUGGGUUCCAUUCUUCAGAACAAGUACUCGGAGGGCUACCCUGGUGCCAGAUAUUAUGGUGGUAACGAGAACAUUGACAUGUCAGAGCUCCUCUGCCAGAAGCGUGCUCUCGAGGCCUUCGACUUGAACCCUGAGGAGUGGGGUGUCAACGUCCAGCCCUUGUCCGGUGCCCCCGCCAAUCUCUAUGUCUACGGAGCCCUCAUGAAGCCCCACGAUCGCCUCAUGGGUCUCGAUCUCCCCCACGGUGGACAUCUGUCUCACGGUUACCAGAUCCCCAACAAGAAGAUCUCGAUGGUCUCUGCGUACUUCGAGACAUUCCCUUACCAGAUCAGCCAGGAGACCGGCUUGAUCGACUAUGACGCCCUGGAAAAGAACUCAAAGCUGUACCGCCCCAAGAUCAUCAUCGCCGGUGCCUCUGCCUACCCGCGUGAGAUCGACUACGUGCGCAUGCGCAAGAUUGCUGACGGUUGCGGCGCUUACUUGAUGUCGGACAUGGCCCAUAUCUCUGGUCUGGUCGCCGCCAAGGUUUUGAAGUCACCCUUCCCUUACUCUGACAUCGUCACGACCACAACUCACAAGUCCCUUCGUGGACCCCGCGGGGCCUUGAUCUUUUACCGUAAGGGUAUCCGUAGCACCGAUAAAAACGGAAAGGUCACGAAGUACGACCUGGAGGGGCCCAUCAACGCCUCAGUCUUCCCUGGUCACCAGGGUGGUCCCCACAACCACACGAUUGGAGCCUUGGCUGUAGCGUUGAAGCAGACGAAGGACGCGACUUUCAAGGAGUACCAGGAUCAGGUCUUGAAGAACAGCAAGGCCUUUGCGGACGCAUUCAGCAAGCUGGGCUACAAGAUGUCGUCGGGCGGCACGGACACACAUUUGAUCUUGGUCGAUCUGCGUUCGAAGAGCAUUGAUGGCUCGCGUGUCGAGCGUGUGCUGGAGUUAGUCAACAUUGCGUCAAACAAGAAUACGGUCGCGGGCGACAAAUCUGCGAUGAACCCUGGCGGCAUCCGUGUUGGUACUCCUGCGAUGACCUCGCGUGGACUGGAUGAGAAGGACUUUGAGCAGGUCGCAAGCUUUAUUGAUCGCGCGGUUAACAUUGCGAAGGAUCUUAAGGUCAAGUGCCCGGGCAAGAUGAUUGUGGAAUUCAAGGAGUUUGUGGCCGAUGGUAGCCAGUUCCCUGAGGUCCAGGCCUUGAAGGAGGAAGUCGCGGAGUUUGCACGCAAAUUCCCUACGGUUGGAUUCAGCGAGGACGAGAUGGAGUACCGCGACUAA